UCCGUGUCGCUCAUACAUUAGUGUACUUUUCAUUAUCCUUUUUAAAGCUUUCAGUUUGUACGGCUUCAGCUAAGAAUGGGUGGUUACGAAUGCUGACGAAAGGGAUACUGACAGAUGGAUACAAAACCACCAGUCAUAGACUAAAAUACAAUCUCUCUUUUAAAGUGAAGGUUUUCGGGAUUUUGAAAAUCUGAAGCAGGUCGUCUGAACUGGAGUUUAGUUUUCUCUAUUUGGGAAAGGAGUUAGCCAAUAUUAGCCUAUAUCACUAUCAGAAAGAUAUCACAGCUGACUGUGCAACGUUCAGUUGGUUGAUGUUAGUAGCGUAAAACAUAUGUUAGGUCUUAAGUCAGAAGAAGCAUCUGCAAUUGAAUUGUUGGACCCGGUUGCUGAAGACGAUCUGACGUCUGCCAAGCCUUUUCUAUCUUCGAUUCUGAAAUAUUUCCUUCCAUUAUGGUAUAUGCUAGCAAUUGGGAAAAGGUGCCAUGUGGUCUCGUGGAUUGUUUUAGUUGAAUUGAGCAUGUUUAUCGAAGCUUUUUAUUUUUGCCUUGACUUGUAAAGAAGACCUGCCCUUCCCAUAGAUUUGAGGACUGAAGGACUGAAAACGAGUGAGAGUGCAAGAACAACGUAGCCCCUUUGGGUAGGCUGUACUAACAUUGAAACAUGUUAACCCAGGGAAAGCGUAAACGCACAGUUGAAGACUUCAACCAGUUCUGUACUUUCGUAUUGGCUUACGCUGGCUACAUUCCGUACCCAAAUGAGGAAUGGCAAUGUAAUGACAGUGUACCAAGGGACAGUAGCACAUGCAGCCCUCAGCAUAGUGAGGACUGGGCUUCUUUCUCACCCCCACAGUCAUACUAUGCCCCUUCCCAGUCGAAGAGGGGUGCUGGUGCUAAAUCGGGGGAGAAAUUGGGGAAGAGAAUCAAUAAAGAGAAGGGGAAGAGGCAGAAAGAUGAAAAGAGGAGUGUGCUGGAUGGGGAGAGAAAGCCUCAUAAGAGAGCUAGAGAUGCCAGAGGGGGCAAGGCGUCCCCCAGCACAAAGGGGUCCUCUAAGAAAAACGCUCCUCAGAAGCCCACGUUUGAACUGACGAAUGAAGCUUCUCUCUGCAGCAGCUUUGACAUGGUGGGAGCAAGUUGUGCAGUGGACUCCUCUCACAACUGCAGAGCCACGGCUCGGACACAGCCCCUCCCAGAGGAGUCUGCAGACCAGUACAGUGGGACCAACAGACUGUCUGUGCUGAAACUAGAGCCCCAGGAAUGCACUGGCUGUGUGAAUUGGCCCAGUGAGGACCAGAAACGUCCAGGUCACCUCAUAAGUAUCCCCAUGGGCUGUCUCAGCAGCGCACAUGAAAGUCCAUCCUGCGUUGACGUCCCAGUGCAGCCCAACAGCCAUCUCAGGAAGAGGAGACCGAGCGCUGAGCAGGAAGUCAAGACGGAGCCUGUUGACCUCACUGCAGUGAGUAGGACUGGGCAGGUGCAGGAAGCAGGGGUCGUUCCACAGGAAGAGGAGGAGCGAGAGAAGCAGAACCAGAGGGAGGCGAAGGACCGGUGCGGUGAAGUGAAAGCGGAGGAGGAGGUGGAGGUGGAGGGAGGUGAGAGCGGAGGCAGGCGAGCCGGCGGGGAGGCGUGGGAGGAAAGCCAGGGCGGGGCCGCGGAUAUUCUGCGUCUAGUGAUGGAGCGGCGACUGAAGGGCCGCGUGCUGGAGGACCAGGAGACUGGCUACCACACGGACUGGGCCAGCAGCACCACCGAACACGGGGGCAGCGACAUGGAGCAGGACCACCGGGCCACUGACGGCAACACCACAGUCUGCUCCGGGUAUGGCACAGAAGAUACUUCAGCAGAAAACAGCAAGCUGGAAGAGGAGGAGGACUCCUGGGACCUGAUCACGUGCUUCUGCUUGAAGCCGUUCGCGGGCCGGCCCAUGAUCGAGUGCGGGGAGUGCGGCACCUGGGUCCACCUCUCCUGCGCCAAGAUCCGCCGCGCGCACGUGCCCGACGUGUUCGUGUGCCAGCCCUGCCGCGACGCCCGCCAGGACAUCCGCCGGUCCUGCCGCGCCCGCACCGUGUCCCGCAAGUGCUUCGCCGACUAGGGCCCGCCCAAUCGCGGCUCGCGCCUCAACCCGCCGCGGCCAAUCGCAGGGCUCGGUCUGGACCGGUCGUCGGGCUGGAAACGGAACAGGGAAAAACACUUAGCCUGCAGUGCUGCAAGGGCUGUGGAGAGAUGGCGGGGGUUUGGCUGGGGUUGCACGCCUCUUUCUCUCCCUCUACACAUCCCUCCUACUCGUGUGCUCAUGGGUAUUGUCUCGCUCGCCCACGUCAUGACCACAGUGGAGAGGAAGGCGGCCUUUUUAAUGCGGGGGACAAUGGACAGUGAUGUGAGCCAGGGAGACCUUAUGUGGAUUUGAUGGGGGUGGUUUCAUUAAAGCUGUUUCUGAAUGUACACAUAUCCAAUAUUACGCAUAUAAUCACUGAGCUGUGAGAGAUGGUUCGACCUCGCUGUUUCUGGCUUGUUGAUUCUGAUUCACAAAACUAUUUGUCAAGGGCUGGUUUGUAAUAGACCCCUCCCAUACUUGGUAAAUCAUUGAAAGGGCAGCCAUUUUGUUGCUAUGAUGUUUAGUUUUAACAUGGGAAGUGAGUGGAGCAGAGCCAUGGAUUGGCACAGGAUAUGCGUUUUAUUCACACAUACAACCUGUGACAUGUUUGUGCGUUUGUUCACACAUUACUUUCCAUCCAAAUAUGCAGAACAGUCUUGGUUGUCCCUUCACACACUUCAUUAAUAUGCAUAUGUAUUUGAUUAUUCAACAGGAGGCUGCAUGGCAAAGAAAGGUCAUGGGCAACAUGCAUUGGAGAGGCAUGACUGCAGAAACAUUGCAUUGCAUGUUACAUUAACCAGGGUGAAUGGAAACGACCAUGCAGUAAACACUCCUACCAACUGCAUCUGCCACUGCAAACCUCUCCAUAGAAAAUAAAUGGUGCAUUUAUAUGAAUUAUAUAAGUAUUCUUAUAUGUACAUAAUUAUAUACAUAAAAGUAAUUUUAAGUAUUCUGUGUGAAUAAAUAGUGAUUUCUAUUGGAGAGAACAUGAUCACAGUGUACUUGUAGUUAUGUUCAAAAAGCAUUGGCUCAGCCCUGGGUCAAACUUGAAAUAUAUCUAUGUCACAUGCUGAUAUAAGCCUGGUUCGUUAAGUACUUGCUGGCAUGAUGAGCGCCAUUUACAUACUUCACAAAAGUAGUUUUGGCUCCACAUUUUGGCUACAUAAUAGCAUCCAUUAACCAAAUUUUGGAAGACCCUACGGUUUGAACUUGACCGUACAAAACUAAAACUAAAUUGAGUAUAGUGGAGGGGUACCUAUUACAAUUUGUUUUCCAACAUUCCAUUUUAUUUCCACGUAAUCAAUGUAAGUUGAAACCAAACGUAUUCCCCUUAACUAACUAUAGGGGUGGUCGAUGCUGCUGUCUUUGUUCGACUGCUCAGGCAAACGCAAAUGUUCUGUCGGCAACAGUAAUACUUGUGUGAGAAAAAUAAAAGAAGGCUGUAAAUAAUUUGUUUUAUAGAAUAUAUGUGGCUCUUUCAGUAAUAAAUGAAAAUGGAUCUAAA